UUCACAUGAACGCUAUUUGAGCUCCCGGUGCCUUGGAAUGUGGUCCUUGCUGCCUCGAACGCCUUUAAGGUAAUCUUACAAAAUUUUGCUUUCCAGAAAAAAAAAAGAAAAGAAAAAAGAAAAGGAUUUCGGCUGUUGGAGUCCGGCUUAGCGCCCCAUCGCCCCACAAACCUGGCCAUCCCGCUUCAUUGUGAGCAGUGGGUGGAAUUGGAUGGAACAGGAACGUCCCAGGGAAUCUAAGUCAUCCAGAUUAAAGAGAAUGAAUCUUGUCAUUUUCCACUUUGAUGCAUAAGUUUCCCUGACGUGUCCUUGGAGUCACAGAAGAAUUUGGUCACAUAUUUUACCAUCAGACUAUAAAGAUGGACAUUACUAGUUUGUCCCGUGAAAGUCUGUCUUCUGGUGACCAAAACUGCAGUCAAGGAGAAGAAACAGAGGGAGAAAGCACGCUGGUUGAUUGCCUGAAAAAUUGUAGUAAGGAUGAGGCUGUGGAUUUCACACAGGAGGAGUGGACUACAAAGGAUCCAGCUCAGAGCAGCAGACCUAGUGAUGUGGCAGUGGAGGACUACACAAACCUGGCCACUGUAGAAUUGGAAAAGCAACUACAAACCAAAGAUGUAGCACCAGAGCAGGAUUGUUUGACAAGACAUACCUUCAUGGAGACAAAGCAGGUGGAUGCAGUGACCUUUGAAGAUGUGGCUGUGGACUUCACCCAGGAAGAAUGGACCUCACUGGAUCCAAUUCAGAGACACCUCUACAGAGAGGUGAUGCUGGAGAACUACCAGAACCUGGCCACAGUAGGAGGUCAGAUGUUUAAACCCAGCCUGAUCUCUUGGUUGGAGCAGAAAGUAGAGCUGACAGUAAUGGAGCAAGGAAUUCUCCAAGAAUGGGAAAUGCACCUUAAGACAAAAAGGACAGCACUUCAGCAGGAUAGAUUCUGGUCAGAUGUGUCAAAUGGGAUGCAGCUGGGAAGAGAACACAGUGGAGGGGAGCUUGGUGACUCUGUUCAAGUUGGAACAGUUUUUAGUGAAGAUUCAUGUUCUCAGACUCAUAUUAGUACUCCAAAUACAGAGAAUACUUCAGCGUGUAAUUUAUAUGGAAAAGACUUUCUGCCACCCUUUAAAGAAACUUCUACUGAAGAAAACAUUUUCCACUUGAACCAGUGUGUAAAACCUUUGACUUUGACUCCAGAUGUUUCCCAGAGAAAGUGCACUCUGGAAAAAUCCAUUGAAUGCAGUGACUGUGGGGAAACUUUUGUUAAUCAGUCAGAACUUCAGGCACACAGUUCUUCUCACAGUGGAAAGAAUCUCCACCAAUCAGAGGAGUGUGGACAAGCUUUUACUCAUCCUAUAAGCCAUGAUGGGCAUGUGAUUUCCACUGAAAAAAAAUACUAUGAGUGUAAGAAAUGUGAAAAAUUUUUUACACAUCCUGUGUACCUUAAUAUCCAUAUGCAAAGCCACACUGUGGAGAAACCCUAUGACUGUAAGGAAUGUGGGAAAGCCUUCGCUGAGCGCUCAAGCUUAAUUGUACAUCUACGACAACACACUCGAGAAAAGUCUUAUGAGUGUAAGGAAUGUGGGAAAACCUUUAUUCAACCCUCACGCCUUACAGAACAUAUGAGAAGUCAUACGGGAGAGAAACCGUAUCAGUGUGACCAGUGUGGGAAUGCCUUUGCGUCUUCCUCUUACCUUACUACACAUUUGAGAACUCACACUGGAGAGAAGCCCUUUGAGUGUAACAUAUGUGGGAAGGCAUUUACACGGUCCUCUUAUCUGCUAGGUCACAUACGAACUCACACAGGUGAAAAGCCCUAUGAAUGUAAAGUAUGUGGGAAAGCGUUCAGUGGCCGUUCUUGGCUUACAAUACACUUACGAAAACAUACUGGAGAGAGGCCCUAUCCGUGUACAGAAUGUGAGAAAGCCUUCACCAGCUUUGCUCAACUAACUGAACAUAUAAAAACGCACACUGGUGAGAAGCCCUUCCGGUGCAAGGUAUGUGCAAGGACCUUUAGAAAUUCCUCAUGCCUUAAGACUCACUUUCGAAUUCACACUGGAAUAAAACCAUACAAAUGCAAUUACUGUGGGAAAGACUUCACUGCACGUUCAGGCCUUACUAAGCAUGUACUAAUUCACAAUGGUGAGAAGCCCUAUGAGUGUAAGGAAUGUGGGAAAGCCUUCAGUACAUCUUCGGGCCUUGUUGAACAUAUAAGAAUUCAUACAGGAGAGAAGCCCUUUGAAUGUUAUCAGUGUGGGAAAGCCUUGGCUCAUUCCUCUUCUCUUGUUGGACAUUUAAGAACUCACACUGGAGAGAAACCCUUUGAGUGUAAUCAGUGUGACAAAACAUUUACACGAUCUUCUUAUCUUCGUAUUCAUAUGCGAACUCACACCGGAGAGAAACCAUAUGAAUGUAAAGAGUGUGGGAAGACUUUCCCUGAGCGCUCAUGCCUUACUAAACACAUAAGAACACAUACUGGUGAAAGGCCCUAUGAAUGUAAGGAAUGUGGCAAAGGCUUUAUUAGCUUUGCUCAACUUACUGUUCACAUAAAAACUCACAGUUCUGAGAGACCUUUUCAGUGUAAGGUAUGCACAAAAUCCUUUAGAAACUCUUCAUCCCUUGAGACCCACUUCCGAAUUCACACUGGAGUAAAACCCUAAUGCAGUUACUGUGGGAAAGACUUCACUGCUCGUUCAGGCCUUACUAUACAUUUACGAAACCACACUGGGGAGAAGUCCUAUGCAUGCCAAGAAUGUGGAAAAGCCUUUAGCACUUCCUCAGGCCUUAUUGCACAUAUAAGAAGUCACAAAGGAGAGAAACCCUUUGAAUGUGACCACUGUGGGAAAGCCUUUGCUUCUUCCUCUUAUCUUAAUGUGCAUUUGAAAAUUCACACUGGAGAAAAACCCUUUCAGUGUACAGUAUGUGGGAAAACAUUUACGUGUUCUUCUUACCUUCCUGUUCACAUGCGAACUCACACUGGAGAGAAGCCUUUUCAGUGUAUAAUAUGUGGAAAGUCAUUUUUGUGGUCCUCGUACCUUCGAGUUCACAUGCGAAUUCACACUGGAGAGAAACCCUAUGUAUGUCAGUACUGUGGAAAAGCCUUUACAGAGCACUCAGGCCUUAAUAAACAUUUACGGAAACACACAGGAGAGAAACCAUAUGAAUAUAAGGAAUGUGGGGAAGCCUUCACUACUUCUGCUGAUGCUAAUGAACAAGAAGCGCCCCACUGGGGGGAGAACCUUUGAAUGUAAGGGAUUCAGAAAAUUGUUUAAUAGCCCUUAAUCAGUUGCAAUCAAAAUUCAUAGUCUGUACAAGUCUUACUAAUAAGCAAUGUAUAAAAACAUUCAGUUAUGUGCUGUAAAAACAAUUCAUUCUGAGGAUGCUCUGAGUUUAAGGGUUGUGGGAAAAAUCAGAAUUUUAUAAUAUACGUAUGAACUGAAGGUUUGCAAUCUAGGGAAUGAAAACCUUUAGUGUUUUCCAUGUGUGUUGAUGCAAGACAUGUAGAAAUGUCAUAGGUUUUGUUUCUUUGUUCACUUGUGGUCUCAUAGUUGAGAAAUACUGAAGUCUGGGAAGUAAGUUUUUACAUUUGACUUUAUGUGGUGUUUACAGACUGAACACAAGCUACAUGUGUGUAAUAGGGGAUUUGCUUCAGUGUCUUGGAUGGCAACACUUGGAUUUCCUGGGUGCUUCUAUAUGAAUUUUGAAUAUUUCUACAUUUGUGCAUUUUUAUGACUUCAAUUAUGAAUUUCUAAAUUCCAUUGUUGGUUUUCCUUUUAAAAAUAUUCCUGUUUGGUAUGAUUGAAACUAUUGUUUUUUACGUAGUAUCUGUUGUAUGUCCCAUGUCCACAUUGUGAAGUAAUGGACACAAAUUCCAGUCUCCUCAUUACUUGUCAGUUUAUUUGUUGUGUCAUGCGCCCAUUGUAUGUGUAUUGUCUGUACCGCCCCUUCCUUUGUUGUCCCUCCCUUUUUUUUGAGACAGUCUCACUUUGUAGCCUUGGCUACUAUGAAACUCAUGUAGCCUAGACUGGUCCCUAGCUCAUGGCAGGCUUGGCCCAGCCUUCUGAGUGCAUAGAUAAUAGGUGCAAGCCGCUGUACCUGGCUCUUUGUACUGUCUUAAGUAUAUUCUUUACUAGCACUGAAAAGAACAUCAUAUUUUACAAUAGUGUUCAAGAACUUAACACAAGUAGGUUUGGAUCUGACCAAUACAAUCCCUUACUCUAAGUACCAAGUCUUUGGUAGCCAUUCCAUUCUCUGCUUGGAGUUCAGCUUUUCUUUAGGCUCUCCUUCUUAGAUCAUGUAGUAUCUGUAUUAACUCUACUUAGCUUUUUUAUUUUUGUAACAGGAUCUUGCUGUAGCUCAAACUGACCUCAAACUCGCAACCUUUUUCCCUCAGACUUUACUGCUGAAGUUAUAGGCAUGUACCUCCAUGUCUAGCUGGCGUAUAUCAAUCUACAUGAUGUUCUCAAGGUGGAACUGUGUUAUGGUCAGUUAUUUUAAGACAUUUUAUUAUUCUUUGGUCUCUAUGGAUACUUAGUUUUCAUACCUUGCUUGUUGGGAGUAUUGCUGCAUUGAACAUGAGUGUAGCUAUCUCUUUAAAUUCAUGACUUUAUGUUCUCAGUUGCAAUCCCAAAAGUGAGUUUGUUAUUGUAAUGAUAGAUAUAAAUCAGUGUGUAUGUAACAACUGCCAAUUUAUAUUCCCAAUGAUGUACCUAGUCUCUUUAUUGCUCAUCUUUUUACUUUUUUCUGUCUAUAUGCCAUUUAAAAAUGUGAGAUGGUAUCUUUAGUUUUGAUUUGCAUUUUUCUAAUCUAUAAGCCAUUUGUAUAUCUUUGAUAAAAUACUGAUUUCAUUUAUUUAUCAAUUUAAAAAUCAAGAUAGGUGUAUUUUGCCGUGAAUUUACCUGAGUUACUAUGUUUUAGACAUAGACCUAUUGUAAUAUAUAUGGUUUACAGAUAUUUUUUCAUCUGUGUAUAUGCUUUUUCAGAUUUUUUUAAAUUGCUUUGCAGAAUCUUUAGUUUGAUAUGGCCCUAAUUCUUCAUUUUUCCUUUAAUACCCAUGAUUUUCAUGCCAGCUCUAAAAUUCUUUGCUGGUGUGUCUGGAAGCAUUCUUGGAGUUUCAUUGUGCUAUAGUUUUACAUUUUACUUUCAGGGUUUUGUUAGUUUGUGGUAACCUCACUAUGUAAUUCAAGGUAGCCUAGAACUCACUGUGUGGAGCAGGCUGGCCUUAAACUUGGAGCAGUAUUUUUCCCCCCAGGCCUCUUGAGUGCUGAGCUUUUGGGUUUGAGCCAGCCUAUCCAACUUAACUAUAUUUCUUUUACUCUUAUUUAAUUAUAUUUCCUUAAAAAAAAAAAAAAACUCCUAAGUUUAUAUAUGUGUGUGUGUAUAUACUGUUUCUGUUUCGGUAUACUAUUAUUGUUUCUGUUUUGGUGCUAGGAAUUGAAUUUGUGGCCUCAAGAAUACUAGGCAGGUGCUCUACCAUUAAGCUGUACUAAAUUCAUUAUUGAAAUUAUGUGGACUGUAUAAGGGGCUUUUUUGUUUCUUUUGUUUGUUUUUGGGAUAAUCUCUUUAUAGAUUUGGCUAACCUAGAACCUACUAUGUAGACCAGGUUAGCCUGAAACACAUAGAGAUCUACCUGUCUGCUUCCCAGAGUGCUGGAAUUACAGUUAUGUGCCCUUAUGCCUAGCAGUGACUAUAUGUUUAUUUGUAAACAGUUUGUUUAUGUUGUUUGUAUCAAUAUUAUACUGUUUGAUUUCUGCUUAUAUAAUGGGUUUUGUUUGUUUUUUCGGAUCUUUCUUAAGACAAGGCUUCCUGGAAUUUAGACUGAGUUUGAAAUUAACUAAAUGGUCACGAGUGA